AACUGACUGUCUUUAUGCCACGCCUGACCAACUGACUGGCUUUAUGCCACGCCUGACCAACUGACUGGCUUUAUGCAACGCCUGACCAACUGACUGGCUUUAUGCAACGCCUGACCAACUGACUGGCUUUAUGCCACGCCUGACCAACUGACUGGCUUUAUGCAACGCCUGACCAACUGACUGGCUUUAUGCCACGCCUGACCAACUGACUGGCUUUAUGCCACGCCUGACCAACUGACUGUCUUUAUGCAACGCCUGACCAACUGUCCUCUGACUGUCUUUAUGCAACGCCUGACCAACUGUCCUCUGACCGUCUUUAUGCAACGCCUGACCAACUGACCUCUGACCGUCUUUAUGCAACGCCUGACCAACUGACCUCUGACUGGCUUUAUGCCACGCCUGACCAACUGACUGUCUUUAUGCAACGCCUGACCAACUGACUGUCUUUAUGCAACGCCUGACCAACUGACUGGCUUUAUGCAACGCCUGACCAACUGACUGUCUUUAUGCCACGCCUGACCAACUGACUGGCUUUAUGCCACGCCUGACCAACUGACUGUCUUUAUGCAACGCCUGACCAACUGUCCUCUGACCGUCUUUAUGCAACGCCUGACCAACUGUCCUCUGACCGUCUUUAUGCAACGCCUGACCAACUGACUGGCUUUAUGCCACGCCUGACCAACUGACUGUCUUUAUGCAACGCCUGACCAACUGACUGUCUUUAUGCAACGCCUGACCAACUGACUGUCUUUAUGCCACGCCUGACCAACUGACUGUCUUUAUGCCACGCCUGACCAACUGACUGUCUUUAUGCAACGCCUGACCAACUGACCUGAUUAACACGUGUGUCCGUCAGCAUGUUUGAUGUCGGAGGACAGCGAGACGAAAGGAGGAAGUGGAUCCAGUGCUUCAAUGAUGUGACCGCCAUCAUCUUCGUGGCGGCCAGCAGCAGCUACAACAUGGUGAUCAGAGAGGACAACUCCACCAAUCGGCUGCGAGAAUCUCUGGACCUCUUCAGAUCCAUCUGGACCAACAGGUUUCUGAAGACCAUCUCAGUGAUCUUGUUCCUGAACAAACAGGAUGUGCUCGCUGACAAGAUUCUGGCUGGAAAAUCCAAACUGGAGGAUUAUUUCCCCGAAUACAGCAACUACCAAGUACCUGCUGAGGCUGUUCCAGAUGCUGAUGAAGACCCAAGAGUGUCCAGAGCCAAGUUCUUCAUUAGAGACGAGUUUCUGAGGAUCAGCCAGUCGAGCACUGAUGGGAAACAUUACUGCUAUCCUCACUUCACCUGCGCCAUCGACACAGAAAACAUCCGCCGUGUCUUCAACGACUGUCGUGACAUCAUCCAGCGCAUGCACCUGCGGCAGUACGAGCUGCUCUGAUUGGCACUCAUCUGCCCCUCCCCCCGGACUGACACAUGUAACAUGAAGAAGCUAAUCUGAUAUCUAAUCAAUACCAAUAGAUGCUGAUGUGAACACUGUUUAUGGCACAAUUAUUACUCUGCAGUUAUUUUUAAACAGCCUUUAACUGAUUAAUGAUUAAUUUCUCCAUACCUGUCUGAUGAAGGGGAUUGUGGGUAGUGUAGUUCUCUCGAUGAAAAGGAUGUGGUUUUUCUGCCAUUGCCAAGGCAACGGUCUGUCAUAUGGGCGGGGUUUAAAAACUAGUUUAACCUUUAAAUAUAUUUUUUCAUGUUUCUGUACUCGACAAAUAUAUUAUCUUUUCUCUGAUUGGCUGUUAGACUCUGAUGUCAUUCUGUGUUUUCUGAAGCUGUUAGACAAAAUUCAGAAUUUAUAGACAGUAGAUUUAUUUAAAGAGGGAACUAGCUACCCUCAGAUAAAGAUCAAACAUUUAUAUCAACAACCUUUAGGAAAGACGUCAUAUUAAAGAAUUUUUAUGUCAAA